CUCCACCCUGCAGCUCAUCCAUAUGAGGCCAGCAGAGGUCCCGGUUUCCACCAGAACAGACUGACAAAUCAUCUCGCCGCCACUCACGGAUGCAGAGGGGAGGCAACAUGCCUGUGACCUGCAGGAAAGGGAGGUUGCUCUGCAUUAUGAUGAUGCUCAACAUCUUCUUCUGCGUCCUGUUGGGCGUGUCGUGGAACCUCGGGCGUGCCAAAAGUGGACACCAGAAGAUUCGAGUCCCAUCCAAGAGGUUUUGGCGCCAACAGAUACUGAGCGAAUCCUUCUGGAACAAGGAGCAGCAGCGCCUGGACUUCAUUCACAACCCCAUCGUUAACUCUGUGCUCUCUGGCGACUCCCUCGUCGAGCUGCCGGAUUGGCUGAAUGACACCGGGCCACUCAAGCCCUGUGAACCAGACUACAGAGUCUCUGCACAAAUCAUGGACUACAACAUCUUACCGCAGCACCUUCAGGAUUUCCUUUUGCACAUGCGCUGCAGGACUUACCCCAUGCUGAUCAAUCAGCCCCACCUGUGCGAUGAAAAACCUUUUCUGCUGCUGGUGGUCAAAUCGCUGGUCCCGCACUUUGAGCGGCGGCAGGCUAUCCGUGAAACAUGGGGGCGGGCGGGUGUUUUAGCCAAUCAGACUGUGGCAACGGUGUUCCUGCUAGGCAACACUAUGUCCAUAGACCACUUCCCAGACCUGCUAGGGAUGCUGGGCCACGAGGCGGAGCUUCACAGAGACCUCCUCCAGUGGGACUACAGGGACACUUUCUUCAACCUCACCCUGAAGGAGAUCCUCUUCCUGGAAUGGUUUAGCCAACACUGUCCCCAAGCUCAGUACGUCCUCAAGGGCGACGAUGAUGUCUUUGUCAACACCUUAAGGAUUAUUGAUCUCCUGGAACGUCUACCAAAGACCAAGGCCAAGGAUCUGUUCAUGGGUGAUGUUAUCAGCAACGCCUUCCCGUACAGAGACCGGAAACUCAAGUAUUUUAUCCCAGAAAGUGUAUUUGUGGGACUGUACCCGCCUUAUGCCGGGGGCGGAGGAUAUUUGUACUCUGGAGAUUUAGCACUUCGUCUUUAUAACGCAUCCCAGCAGGUGGUCUUGUAUCCCAUUGAUGAUGUCUAUACAGGAAUGUGUCUGAAGAAGCUGGGCCUGGUCCCUGAGAAGCACAAAGGCUUCAAGACAUUUGACAUUGAAGAGAGGUACAGAGUCAACCCCUGCGCCUACAGGAGUCUGAUGCUGGUUCACAAACGGACGCCGCAGGAGAUGUUGACGAUCUGGCAGUGGAUUAUCCAACCUGACCUGGACUGCCAGUGAACACCUUCACUCAUUUCUGUUGAACACUUGCUUGCACUGUUGAAUUUGUAAAACAUUUUCAACACCUUUUUUUUAAUUAUGUUAAAUCCUCAAGUCCAAGCUUUGUAUUAGUAUUUCAAAGUCAUCAAAAGAAUUUAACAGUGUCUUCAAGUUGACUUGAAAGCUGUUGGUGAAUGACUUCUCAGAAACUUUUUACAUCUGCUGCAUAAAGGGCAAACAUGAUCCCUCUAUAAUGUUAGCAUGACAGAAUGUGUGUAAACUUCAGUUAAAACCAUCUUGCAUGCAGGCUAACUGUAAAACCUUUGUCAUAUUAGCAUGCUAAUGUUUAGCAUGUAAUACCGUGUAAGAUGGUAGGUAACAUUUGGGAAGAUUCCCAUGUUUAAGACUUACGAACAUCAUUGGACAGCUGAAGAAGAACAAUAUAUGAUUGUGGAGUUGAUCUUGUAGGAGCAAAAAUACUUUACACUGAUAAUAUACUGUAGCUCUCUAUCCAUAAAUUAUGGGUUUAAUUACUAUUAAUGUAAAACAUUUUUCACAUCACAGCAGAAAAAAAGGUUCCUCAAGUAUUUUCCACUGACUUUUGUAAACACCUUCAAGCUACAACACUCAAUUCGCUAGCUAGAGUGCUUCGUUAUACAGAUUCAAACUGUUUUUAUAACAAACCUGGUAUUAGCAUUAUGUUUGGUAUCUUUUUAUUCUGGUCUCAAUAUGAGGACACUGUUAUUCAGUCAGCCUUGGAAAUUUAGAAACACAAGUAAUUAAUUUUUCAUCCUUCUUUCAGUUAAAGCAGUGGUCAACAGAGCUUUGCUGCGCUCACAAAGGUCAGCGCAGCUCAGGUCAAAGUUCAAUAAAUUCAAAAUGUCAGAGCACCAUGGACCAGGGCUGCUGCAACACACAAACACAGUAAAAGAGGAGACGCACAAAAGCUGUUUUUCCGCAAUAAUGUGAAUCCUGUUUUAGGCUGACAUGAGGCAUCCCUCGUUUGUUUUGUCUGCCACUUCUGUAUUUCUGAGCGUUAGCUUGGGUGUUUGCGUGAAAUGUAUUGACAAGUACGAAACUCACAAUAACCCCUAUAUGCUUGAUAUGUUAUGUUACAUGCUAAUUCUAGCAUGGAAAACAUGCUAUAAAACAUGCUAUAAAGCUUUGUAUGCAUACAAUUAAUAUUAAUGUAGGAAUUUAAUGGACAGGUGCACAAUUUUUCAACAGUCAGGAGCCCAAAUGAACAUUAAACAUGUUUUUCUUGCUGUAAUCAUUCCUC